AUGUCCACAGCGUGCGGCCCUCGUGCUGUUGAAAGCCAGUUUACCUGCGCGCCGCUGCUCACCAUGGCGGCAGUAGCAGCAGAAGCAGCAGAACUGCAGCAGCAGCAGAAAGAAGAAAAGCAGCAGCAGCAGCAGGAGACGCAAAAGCAGCAGCAGGAGUGCCAGCGAGCCAUGGAGCAGCCGCAGCAGCAGGAGCCGCAGCUGAGCGGGCAGCAGCAGCAGGGGCAGCAAAAUGUGCAGCCGCCUCCACAGCAGCAGCAGCAGCGUGCACAGCCGCCGCCGCAGCAGCAGCAGCAGCUGCAGCAGCAGCAGCAGCAGCUGAGUGGCGUGAUGACUUGGAAUGUGGCUGGCUGGAGAUCUGCUGCUGCUGCUGUCAGCAAAGACUGGGGCUCUAUAGAAGCCUUUCUGCAGCGCAUGCACUGCGACUUGGUGUGUCUGCAGGUGAGCGGCAAAUUCAAAUAA